AUGGGGGCUGAUGGAAGUGGUGGUGAGGGAGGGGAGAGCAGUGAGGAAGUGCCAGACAAGAUAACAGAGGGCUUUGGGGAGAUUGAGGAUGACUUCCUGGGACUCGGGGAGCUGCCGGAAACCUUCCCUUCCGACCCCCCGGAGCCGCUGCCCGUGUUCUUGAUGGAGCCGGAGGAGGCCUACAUAGUGAAGAACAAGCCGGUCAACUUGUACUGUAAGGCCACGCCCGCCACCCAGAUCUACUUCAAGUGCAACAGCGAGUGGGUGCACCAGAAGGAGCACACGGUGGAGGAGAGAGUCGAUGAAAACUCGGGUUUGGUAGUGAGAGAGGCCAGUAUAGAGAUCACUCGGCAGCAGGUGGAAGAGCUGUUUGGGCCCGAGGAUUUCUGGUGUCAGUGCGUGGCCUGGAGCUCCGCGGGGACCACCAAGAGCCGCAAGGCCCACGUCCGCAUUGCCUAUUUGAGGAAGACGUUUGACCAGGAGCCUCUUGGGAAGGAAGUGUCAUUGGAGCAGGAAGUGUUGCUGCAAUGCCGCCCACCUGAAGGCAUCCCAGCUGCUGAGGUGGAAUGGUUAAAGAACGAGGAGAUAAUUGAUCCUGCAGAUGACAGAAACUUCUACAUCACCAUCGACCACAACCUGAUCAUCAAACAGGCCCGCCUCUCUGACACGGCAAACUACACCUGUGUGGCCAAGAACAUUGUAGCCAAGAGACGCAGCACCACUGCCACAGUUAUCGUCUACGUGAAUGGUGGAUGGUCGACGUGGACAGAGUGGUCUGUGUGUAACAGUCGCUGUGGCCGCGGUUACCAAAAACGUACACGCAGCUGCACCAACCCUGCACCGCUCAACGGGGGAGCCAUCUGUGAGGGGCAAGGCAUCCAGAAGCUGGCGUGCAACCCUCUGUGCCCAGUGGAUGGCCUGUGGACAGAGUGGAGUAAGUGGUCUACCUGUGGGACAGAGUGCACCCACUGGAGGAGAAGGGAAUGCAGCGCCCCAGCACCCAAAAACGGGGGGAAAGACUGUGAGGGCAUGGUGCUCCAGUCCAAGAACUGCACCGAUGGGCUGUGCAUGCAGAGUUCCUUAUAUCAGAAGUCCCCUGAGCCCAAAGACAAGAGUGAUUUGGGGAAUCCAUUGGCCCCCAGUACAGAUGACGUAGCUUUGUAUGUGGGUAUUGUCAUAGCGGUGAUUAUGUGCCUGGUUAUCUCCGUCGUCGUGGCGCUCUUCAUCUACAGGAAGAACCACCGGGACUUUGACUCUGAUAUCAUCGAUUCCUCUGCCCUCAAUGGAGGCUUCCAGCCAGUCAGCAUCAAGACUGCUCGCAAAGCUGACCUCCUGACAGCACCACCUGACUUGACCUCAGCAGCAGCCAUGUACCGUGGCCCUGUCUAUGCCCUCCACGAUGUGGCUGACAAGAUCCCCAUGACCAAUUCCCCUCUGUUGGACCCACUUCCCAACCUGAAGAUUAAGGUGUACAACUCCUCAGGCUUGGUCACCCCGCAGGACGACCUGGGAGGGGACUUUUCCUCCAAGCUGUCACCUAAGCUCCCCCACAGCCUUGUGGACAACACUGAUAGCACCAUGGGCCGUCGCACCCAGACCCAGACCUUGCUCCGCACCAGGGAUCCGUCCUGCACUGCCCUGGGUUCCUUCAACUCCCUGGGCGGGCACCUCAUCGUGCCCAACUCAGGGGUGAGUCUGCUGAUUCCAGCAGGGGCCAUUCCUCAGGGCAGAGUGUAUGAGAUGUUUGUGACGGUUCAGAGGAAGGACAACAUGAGGCCCUCAGUGGAAGAUGGCCAAACAGUGCUGAGUCCGGUGGUGAGCUGUGGGCCCCCUGGAGCCUUGCUGACCCGUCCCGUCAUCAUCACCAUGCACCACUGUGCCGUGUCUGACAGCCAGCAGGACUGGCUGAUCCAGCUCAAGAGCCAGUCACAGCAGAGCCAGUGGGAGGAUGUGGUGGUGGUAGGAGAGGAGAAUUUCACCACACCGUGCUACAUCCAAAUGGAUGAUGAGGCCUGCCACAUCCUGACGGAGACCCUCGGUACCUACUGCCUCGUGGGCCAGUCUCUCAGUGCCGCCACCACCAAGCGCCUCAAACUGGCCAUCUUUGGCCCCGUCACCUGUCCUGCCAUGGAGUACCACAUCAGAGUGUACUGCCUGGACGACACGCAGGACGCCCUCAAGGAAGUCUUGCAGAUGGAGAAACAGAUGGGUGGGAAGUUGCUGGAUGAACCAAAGACCCUCAACUUUAAAGAUAGCACCCACAACCUGAGACUGUCCAUCCACGAUAUCCCCCACACGCUGUGGAAGAGUAAGCUACUAGCCAAAUAUCAGGAGCUUUCCUUCCAGCAGGUGUGGAGUGGAUCUCAGAGGAACCUCCACUGCAGCUUUACCCUGGAGCGCUUCUGUCCCAGCACUGUGGACCUGGCCUGCAAGCUGUGUGUGCGCCAGGUGGAGGGAGAAGGACAGAUCUUCCAGCUGGACACCACUCUCUCAGAGGACACUCAGAGUAUCGACACGUCUCUGCUGGACCCGGCCAGUAACAUCACGAGCCUGGUGGGGCCCAAUGCCUUCCGUAUCCCCGUCUCCAUCCGGCAGAAGCUGUGUGGCAGCCUGGAUGCACCACAGACCAGAGGCAACGACUGGAGGAUGCUGGCCCACAAACUCAACCUUGAUAGGUAUUUGAACUACUUUGCCACCAAGUCCAGCCCCACGGGAGUGAUCCUGGACUUGUGGGAAGCCCAGCAUUUUCCUGACGGCAACCUCAGCCGCCUGGCCCAAGUACUGGAGGAGAUGGGACGCCAUGACAGCCUUGUUCCUUCAGCGACUGAGCACUGACAUCUGCCCACCAGGCAGUGUGACAUUCCAGGGAGGAAGAAGACAUAAAAGGAUUCAAAAGGGACUGGGAGGCCCAGAAGGAGGGGAGUCACUUGGCACCAUGUUGACAAAUGCACGUACACACUCGCAGAUACGUGUGUGUGUGCGCAAACACAGAAGGAUCGAAGACAGAAGGAAUAGGAGCCUGCACAAAAACAGCUAGGUCUACUCAGCUAUGACCCACUUAAAUAUUGGCAAAAAGGGUGUAAAAACUUGGAGGAUAAACAGGAAUCUCUGCCAAUCAUUUUUCUCUGGCUGUUCCACUGUCUCUGGUACCACUUGAUAUUUCUGGCUCUGGUUUCCUUGGAAACAGCUGUCCACAUAUUUGGAUGGACUGGGCUGUCUGGAUAUUUGGAUGAUUCCCUCACCAUGGACCACAGUCUCAGCAGUGACACUCUACCAGAGGUCACAGGAUCAAGAUGCAAGGCUUGGAUCAGAGGAAGCCUUUCUCACUCUCCCUGCCUCAUAUCAGUCUCCAUGGCAACUCCACAGGGGAGUAUAUGUUGAAGUUCUGUGAUAACAUAGUAUUUAAUAACACACUUAUUUAUACAUAAAUAUCCUUCCUUUUUGUAUUUUUGCUGCCUGCCAUGGAAUACUUUGCAUUAUUUCUGCAAUGUGUCCUCUCAAAUUUUGUUAUGUAUAUUUUUUUUUUCCCCUUUCAUUACUUUGGACUGUGUCAUAGCACCUCCUAGUGGACUCUUGCAGUAAUGACUCAUUCUGUUGCCACAAAAUAUUACAUGUACAUAAACAGAACAUUUAAGAUGUAAUCAUUUUACAGUUUUCGUAUUGCUGUCAUUACUGCUAAUGCUUUUCAUUCAUGUUAUGAAUUAUUGCUUUACAUUUAUGAGUGUUUUUCUUGCAUUAUGUAUUUUAUAAUUCUUCAGAAUAUUUUUUUGCUAGAUUGCAUUGGAUUUUUUAAAAA